AUGAAGAAGGAAGAGCUGGACUACGUGCUGGUGCCGCUGGGGCUGGCGCUGAUGGCCGGGUACCACGCGUGGCUGCUCCUCCGCGUCCGCCGGCACCCGGCGACCACCGUCAUCGGCGUGAACGCCAUCAACCGCCGCAUCUGGGUUCGACACAUCAUGGAGGAGCCGUCAGGGAAGCACGCGGUGCUGGCGGUGCAGACGAUCCGCAACAACAUCAUGGCGUCGACGCUGCUAGCCUCGACAGCCAUCACCCUGAGCUCGCUGAUCGCCGUCCUCAUGUCCAGCGGCGGCGGAGGCGGAGGCGCCACCGCCGCCUCCAACAACAACAACAACAACAACAGCGACGGCGGGCUCCUCCCUGGCGCGCCGCUGGUGGUGGGCAUGACGAGCGCGCCGGCGCUGUCGGCCAAGUUCUUCGCGAUCCUGGUGUGCUUCCUGGUGGCGUUCCUCCUCAACGUGCAGUCCAUCCGGUACUACAGCCACGCGAGCGUGCUAGUGAACGUGCCCGCGCCGCCGCCGCCGCGGCGGCGGCGGAGGACCGUCGGGUACGUCACCGACAUGAUCAACCGCGGCAGCUACUUCUGGUCGCUGGGCGCGCGCGCCUUCUACUUCUCCUGCCCCGUCUUCCUCUGGCUCUUCGGCCCCAUCCCCAUGUUCGUCGCGUGCGUCGUGCUGGUCUGUGCGCUCUACUUCCUCGACGUGUGCAAGGACUGGGAAGAGGAGGAGAGGGAGGAGGAAGACGACGAUCGCCAUGGACGACGACACCGUCAUUGUAUUAGUGAUGAUGACGACGAGAGGUCCAGACAAGGGAAGGAUGCAGAGCAGCAAGUGUAGAGGUGGAUGUGCUACGCAUUUUAGGCUAGAAGAAAAUAAUAAUAUUUCGAGAUCGAUUAUACUGUCAACUGAUGAAGUGAGAUU